GAUGAUGUAGGAAUUCCAAUUCUCAAUGCAAAUAUUGGUGUAAAGUUCAAGUAAUUAAUGGAAUAUCUUUAGAACUUUAGUUAUAUCACGAGUUUCCACUUCCAUUAAACUAAAUUAAUUUUAAAAUAACCUUUUAAAACUUGUAAUGUCAUUUAAGUGCAUUGCAGUGUGAACUUUAGCAGUAAUUGAAAGUGUAACCUGUAACCCGAACAUGAUUCGAGCCCUUUAAAUUUCAGUCAACAUGUGGCCAAAUUUGCAAGUGCUUAAACGUUCACGUACAGUUCAUUUAUUAUUUGCCAUCACAUUUUUUACAUCGGGGAUUAUUGUUAAUAUUUUACAAUGUUUUUUGUAUCUAACUGUCCGACCGGUUAGUAAAUAUGUCUAUCGUAAAAUUAAUUGGUAUCUGUGCGCAACACUAUAUGCACAGUUGGUGUUUAUGGGGGAUUGGUGGUCUGGUUCCGAAAUAUUGAUAUACAUCGAUAAGGAUGAUUAUGAUAGGUAUUGGGGGAAAGAACACGCUUAUUGUGUCAUGAAUCACACGUACGAAAUCGAUUGGCUAAUUGGAUGGAUGCUUUGCGAUCGUAUACGCUUGCUUGGGAACUGCAAAGCAUAUGCGAAGAAAGUCAUUCAGUAUAUGCCAGUUUUAGGUUGGGCGUGGAAAUUUUCAGAGUUUGUUUUUUUGGAACGAUCCUUUGAUAAGGACAGAGAAGUGAUAAAUCGACAAAUUACGGAAUUAGCCGAUCAUCCAGAUCCCAUUUGGUUGUUGCUAUUUCCGGAAGGCACAAGAUUUACAGUAGAAAAGCACAAAGCAUCCGAGCAAUUCGCGAGGGAAAGAAACUUGCCCGAACUGAAAUAUCACCUUCAACCACGAACGAGGGGAUUUAUAGCCAGUUUACCUUCCAUGAAAGGCAAGGUACCUGCCAUCUACGAUAUCUUACUCGCAUUUAAGGAGGACGUACACGAUAAACCAACAAUGACAACGUUACUUUUUGGUAAACCUGUUGUUGCGCACAUGUAUAUGAAACGUAUUCCAAUGGAAGAUGUGCCAAGCACUGAAGCUGAACAGGAGAAGUUUCUACGAGAUAUGUUUGUAGGAAAGGAUAAAUUGAAAGAUAGCUUUGUUAGAACAGGCGAUUUCUUCACUUUAUCAGGAGUGAAACGAAUAACGCCAAUCAAAACGAAGCGCCGUUUCCAUAUUGUUGUCAAUAUGAUAGUAUGGACGAUUGUGAUUUUGUGCCCCAGUAUUUACUAUCUCGUGACACUAUUUUCAAGCGGAAAAAUGAUGUAUGUCACAAUUGCAAUUGGCAUACUGAUGCUAUUUAGCGGACUUCUAUCCAAAACGAUAGGAAUGUCGAAAAUUAGCAGCGGAUCUUCGUACGGAAAGGAAAGCACACCGAAAAAAACUCACUGAUGCAGCUGUAACGUCCAUAGACUCAAAAAAAAAUUGUAAUUUCAUUUGUGCCUUUUUAUAUGUACUCAUUUAAAAAGAAAGUGUAGAUGUGCCAAUUGUAUUUUGCUCUACCUACUAUUUACUCAAUGUAAUUAUAACGUGACCUGUACUUUCCGUAGUAACUGAUUAUUUAUCUGGAGGCAACAAGGUCACUAUUGUAAAUAAGGACAAUAAAUGAUGUUAUACAAAU